GGACGGGAGCGCUGAUUGGCCUUUAAUAUGGCUCGUGCUGCUGCGCGAGUUGUUUGGACGUAAAGCAGUUUGUGGCACGUGGCCCGGAGCGACGCGCUGUACUCACCAUGGUAAUAGAUUAUAAUAACAUGUGUACAGCUGGUAAUCGGUGGAGGAAAAGUCUCUAGGAUGAUCAUAGACGAUGUGGAAGCUCUGAAGUCGUGGAUGGCCAAACUUCUGGAGCAAAUAUGUGACGCGGAUCCUAUUGCUGUGGCCAACUAUGUGGUUGCUUUGGUUAAAAAAGACAAACCAGACAAAGACCUGAAAGUCCUUUGUGCUAAUCAGUUGGAUGUCUUUUUGGAGAAAGAGACCACAGGGUUUGUGGAAAAGCUCUUUCAGGGCCUAAUCACUAAAGUCUAUUUGGAAGGUCUGGAUAAAGACACACAGAGAAUUUCCAAAGUGGAGGGUAAAUUUGCCGUGGAAAGUUUUGAGGACAAAAGAGAGACUGCAGUUGCCGAGGAUGAUCGAAGUGACAAGAGUAGGCGGAGUCCUCUGGGAGGCAGCCUGGAUUCAAGUGAAUCAAAGGCUCACAGCAUCCGGAGGCUGGAGGGCUGCAGGAGCAGGGAUGUGGUGCGCCACGGGAGGAGUGGUGACUCGUACAGAGAGCAUCGUGACCACCGUGCGGGUAGCAGCCAUGGCCGUAGCCACAGCAGGAGCCAGGACAGGGAAAGGACCUGGAACAGAGAGUAUAAGUGCAAGCAGGAUGCGGAGAAGAAAGCAGCAGAGGGCUCCAGGCCCGCUUUUGCCCCCGCUGCCCACUACUGCGGUUCCCUGGCCCAGCGCUCCUCCGAGAGGGACUCCAUUCUCGGCUCUACUACUGUAGUACCCAUUCACUUGCCGGACAGCACCACUGAGAGCUGGUCCCAUUACUGCUCUGGUCGUGGAGAGGGCACCACGUUCAUGAGGAGCACGGCAUUCGGGCGCUGCUGUCACGACUAUGAUGUACGGGGAGUCUGUGUGCGUGGUGACCUGUGUCCCUUCGACCACGGCGUUGAUCCCCCGAUGGCGGGUGACGUCACCUUGCCGAGAACGAUUCCUCUCCCACCCCCGCCCAGCGUGCCACCCCCCCAUGCCCACGUGGCCCCUCCUGGUGCCAGGAUGCCUGCCCACCCUCACUUUCAGCCACAACCUCCUGGCAUCUUCCCAAUGGCUGACUGCCAUCUUCAGACAGAUACGUACAGCCCUGAGGUUCCAAGCACCACGCCGGUACCCCAGACCUGCCAGUUCAUCCCCCGCAUCCAGACUCUGAGACCAAACCUCAUUGGACUGACCUCUGGAGAUGUGGACGUGCAGAACUCUCGAGGUGCCAACAUCGUGAUCCAGACGGAUCCGCUUGUAUCAGCAGUGCCCAGCAACCCUGCAAGGUACGGUGGUGAACCUCAGUGCAGGAAGAGGCGCCUGGGGGCCGCUGAUGGGGCCCCGUGCACAAAUCCUUGUGCGAGCAAACGAAAUUACAGCCAUCAGCGCAAGGCGAACGUUCAAAAGAGGGGUCACUAUGGCAACACUAAACUGGAGGUUUGCAAGAUCCCCAGGGAUUUGAACAACAUCACGAAACUAAACGGGCACUUCGGCAAGUUUGGUACCGUCACCAGUAUUCAGGUCAUGUUGGGUGGUGACGUGGGGAUGGCACUCAUCCAGUAUGCGACCAACGCAGAGGCCCGGAGAGCCAUCUCCAGCACAGAGGCGGUGCUCAACAACCGCUUCAUCAAGGUGUACUGGCACCAUGACAGAGGGAAGCAGUUAUGGCAGCCGACGCAGUUAUGGCAGCCGACGCAGCCGGAGCAGCUAGCGCAGGAGGCACGGGGUCCCAGCAUGCCACUGGGCCAGAAACCAGCCAACAUUAGCAAGAUCACCGUGAACACCCAGGUGGGCCCCUACGGCCGUCUGGUCAUCAAGGGGACGGCAGAGUCGUUCGGGAAGACGGCUGUUAAGAAGAAGCAGGAAGCGCUACAACUGCAGCAGGAUGUGAUGAAAAAGAAGCAGGAAAUGCUGGAGAUGCAGAUACAAUGUCAGAAGGCUUUGCUGAACAAGCUGGAGAAGUUGAGGGGAGCGGAACUGGAAGAACGGGCCGGUGUCAUGAAGAUGCUGAAGGAGCUAACGGAGAAGAUCUCUAAGCUGAAGGAGGACAUGAAGCCAGCACCCAGAGUUGCGUUACAAGCUGUUGAGUCCAAGUCCAAAAUGCAUAUACAGAAGGAGCUGCUCGAUGCUGAGCUGGACUUCCAUAAGAAGCUGGUGUCCGGGGAGGACGCGACGGACCUCAAGCAGAAACUGACCCAGCUGCAGGUGGAGGCCUCCCGUUUAGGACUGAUCCCCAAAACGCGCAGGAGAAUGGCAGCCCUCCGGGGGCGUGGGGGCCUGAACCGCAUGGUGGUAGAUCAUCGGCCGCGAGCGCUUGCUGUUCUGGGGGUGACCAGAGAGGAGAAGGCCGACCUGAUGGAUCACUUUGCGGGAUUUGGAGAGAUCAUGGAAUUUCAGGAGCAUGAGCCACCUGGCAUUGUCGUGACAUUCAGGACCAGGGCUGAAGCGGAGAAAGCAGCAAACCAAGGCUCAGAGUUCAAAGACCGGCUGCUGCAAAUCGCGUGGUACAAACCCAAAGCUGCAUCUGCUCCCAGUGUGGAGGAGAAGUCCUCACAGGAGGAGAAGCCCCAUAAAUCUCCCCUGCUUGCGGAGGAAGAGGGGGACGAAGAUGAAGAGGAUGAAUACGAGAGCCGUUCGUGGAGAAGAUGAAGGGGGGGGGAUAACCAGUAACACUAUUUGUGAAAAGGCCAUGUUAUCAGAAUGUGAUUUAUUUAUUUUUUUUCUUAAAAUGGAAGUUUGUGUUCACCCGUUCUUGAAACCCGUGUGGCUGAUUUUAAUCUCUCGCCGCCAGUGUGUCGGGUUGCAGCUGAAGGUAUGCGCUACAUCAACAGACACACGACCUUCGAUAGGAAACGAGAACUCGUACCUGGAGAAGGAUUCCAGUGCGGCUCCCCGGGAUUGAAAGGGUUACCGAAACCAGAUUCCUGCAUAUAUGCUGGUUUUGUCUGAAGAGGACAGAUGUGCAGUGGAGCUGGGAAGAGCAGGGUCAAUAACUGGUGUUAUAAGAAGUUUUUAAAUUCAUAUUUUUUGUAGAUGUUAAGGUGGCACUGCACGUCAAGUGUGUGUGUGUGUGUGUGUGUGUGUGUGUGUUUCAUGUAUAUGUGUGUGUAAUAUUUCCUUCUGUUAUGUUUUGGCCGUAGAGAACUACUGGUCUAGAAUCCAUAUUAAUGACACCGCUUGUUGGGUGUUUAAAUAAUCACUGGUGUUUCCAACAAAUAAUAUAUACAAAUUUUCAGUUUUUCAGCAGACCGUUGUGUUUUAUUACGUUUCGUUUUGCCAGAUUUUUCAAUUCACUCUUAUUUACUGCAUUCAGCCAAUCUGUCAGAAUUUAAAAGGCUUGUGUUUUAAGCGAGCAAAAGUGCCUAUUAAGUUACCAAAUGUCUGUUUUCACUGGGAUGGAAAAACUCUGUUGUAUUGGUUUGUCUGAUGCCUGGUUUAUUAAUGUUUGAUCCAUUGCAUGACAACUUCAUUAAAACUUGCACUUAAACUGA